CAGCCAAUCUGGAGCCAGCUUGAAGUUCCACCGGUUCAGUGGUAUUUAAGGUCAGCUGUCAUAAAUACCGAGAGGAUUUUUCACCUAUUUUUUCCUGGUAACUAGAUCCCGGGACCCUGCCGGAAGACGGAAGAGGGAGAUGUCUCUACGAUGCGGGUCAGUGGUCCGCAUCGUGAGACCCCAGGUAUUUGGAAAAUAUUUGUGCAGUCCACUCAGAGCAGUAAGUUCCUUGCCAGAUAAAAAAAAGGAAUUUUUACAAAAUGGACCAGACCUUCAAGAUUUUGUGUCUGGUGAUCUUGCAGACAAGAGCACCUGGGAUGAAUAUAAAGGAAACUUAAAGCGCCAGAAAGGAGAAAGGUUAAGACUACCUCCAUGGCUAAAGACAGAGAUUCCCAUGGGGAAAAAUUACAAUAAACUGAAAAAUACUUUGCGGAAUUUAAAUCUCCAUACAGUGUGUGAGGAAGCUCGCUGUCCAAAUAUUGGAGAGUGUUGGGGAGGUGGAGAAUAUGCUACUGCUACAGCCACAAUCAUGUUGAUGGGUGACACAUGUACAAGAGGUUGCAGAUUUUGUUCUGUUAAGACUGCAAGAAAGCCACCUCCAUUGGAUGCCAAUGAGCCCUACAAUACUGCAAAGGCAAUAGCAGAGUGGGGUCUGGAUUAUGUUGUCCUGACAUCUGUGGAUCGAGAUGAUUUGCCUGAUGGAGGAGCUGAACACUUUGCAAAGACUGUAUCAUACUUAAAGGAAAGGAAUCCAAAAAUUCUUGUGGAAUGUCUCACUCCUGAUUUCUGAUGACAUCUUAAAGCAAUAGAAAAAUUCGCUCUGUCAGGAUUAGAUGUAUAUGCACAUAAUGUAGAAACAGUUCCAGAAUUACAGAGGAAAGUUCGUGAUCCCAGGGCCAAUUUUGACCAAUCUCUGCGGGUCCUGAAGCACGCCAAGGAGGUUCAGCCUGAUGUCAUUUCGAAAACAUCUAUAAUGUUGGGUUUAGGCGAGGAUGACGAGCAAGUAUAUGCAACAAUGAAAGCACUUCGUGAGGCAGAUGUGGACUGUUUGACUUUAGGACAGUAUAUGCAGCCAACAAAGCGCCACCUCAAGGUUGAAGAAUACAUUACUCCUGAAAAGUUCAAAUACUGGGAAAAAGUAGGAAAUGACCUUGGAUUUCAUUAUACGGCAAGUGGCCCUCUGGUGCGUUCUUCAUAUAAAGCAGGUGAAUUUUUCCUGAAAAAUUUAGUGGCUAAAAGAAAAACAAAAGCCCUGUAACACUUAACAAGACAUUCAAGAUCACAGGAAUUUUUAGAACUGGAUUCCAUUUGCUAACAGAGGUGGUGGCAGAAUGCCUAGGCUUCACUGGAUGAACCCUAAUUUUUGUUUUAAGAAAAAUGUCAAUAAGCUGUGCAUAUUUAAUUAUAGCAAUUUAUUUGCCUUUUAACAUAUCCUUUUUGUCCCAAUAGACAGUUGCUUGCUGUGAUGUAAUCAUAAAACAUCCUUGUAAGAGCUUACUGGUUUACAGUAUAAUUUAAAAAUACAUUGAAAACUUCUAGCAAACCUUAAGCCUCUCUUACUUGUGCAUCAUUGAUGCAUUGCAUUUCUGAUAAAUAACAUACUGUGAUGAAACAGGCAAUAUAGCUGGAGACUCUGAUCAGAUUACGUGUAAUUAGAUUUGUUCUUCACAUAACAGUAUAACAUCAUUGGGAUGAUUUAGAAAGGCUUAAGAGCUUGCAUGUUGACUUUUACAUUGGUGUGACCACUUUAGUUCGGCAAAAUAGUUUUGCAUCGAUUACUUGUUUAGGGCCUCUGGGAAACCAAGACCACGAUGUUGUCCGAGACAGGGAAAUGUGAUCUAAGGGUAGUUUACUAUCACCAUGCACUGUCCCUUUUAUUCCUCACAUUGCUCUGAGGAGGCGGUUGUAUGCAUAAUAGUAGUGAUCUGAGUAA